AACAAAGCUAGGAAGGAAAUGAAAACAAGCUUAACUGGCUUUAGUGAAUAAAACAAGGCGUUUGUUAAACAGAAAUCUUGGGCAAUUCAAAGAACCCGGUUGAGAAAAGAGGUGGAGUUGCAAAAUCUUUGCAGAAAGGGCUUAGGUGUCGGAGUCAACUUCGCCGGGUCUGGAAAUUCUUUCUGGGAUCUGGGAUCAAACUGGAACUGCAGCUUUUAGAAGCCCUGGGAGCUUUUGUUGUCUUUGAAACUUGAAUCCUGGCCAAAGAAAGGAGGUUUGGCAGCGAGAACAUAGCACCAACCUUAUCGCGGGCUCUCUUGGGGAAAGAAAAACACGGGGGAUUGGUUUUUAAAAGGACUGACUAGAGCCCAGCGGGUGUGAGGGCAGCGUACUGUUUGCUAGUGCCGGGACAGGCGGGUGGAGACCCAUGAGGGGCGUGUGGUGAGCAAACCCUGCCCUGUCCUGCGCUGCUGUGCGUUUCCCCGCUGCAGGCCUGGGAAAACAGAGACUUUUUAAUCAGGUGAAAUAAGAGAGGAGGUGGCAUUGGCAGAAACUCUUGCAGCCGGAGUGGAGGCCCCAGCCUGAACAUUCCCAUCCUGUCUCCAGUGGUUCAGGACGGCUGGAUUCAGCAGGGAUCAUUGAUCCUGCACGUUCCUAGUGAUCCAAAAAUCCAAGAGGAACCGUAAAUGUAAAUACGUGAAAUUCUCCCUUUACCGGAUAACUGUCACCUACCAGCACACAGGCGUUCUCCUCCCUGGGCCAAACUGACUGGUGCGAAAGCGGCAAGGCGUUUCUAAGGCUGUGGUCUCUGGUGCCUGCCCUGCAUCGGAUCCUUCCUCCGCCAUGUACAGCCAGAAGCCCUACACCAGCCCGCCCACCGGCUACGGCCCCCCCGGCGAUGGCUACGGCUACGACAUCCACUCCCCCCCACCAGGCUCCUUCUACGUGGAGGAUGUGCCGCAGUAUUUUUACAAGUGGAACUCUCCGCCCGGCGUGGUGAGGAUCCUGGAGGCCCUGGUCAUCCUGCUCUGCAUCACCAUCUUCGCCUGCGUGGCCUCCACGCUGGCCUGGGAAUACAGCUACGGCUAUGGGGGGAUGUACGGGAGCGGGCUAGGCAGCUACUACGGGUCUGGCUAUUAUGGAGGAGGGAUGGGCUACGGGGGCUAUGGAGGUUAUGGCGGAUACGGCGGCUAUGGAGGCUACUAUGGCGGGAUGACCAACCCGCGGGCAGCCAGCGGCUUCAUGAUCUCCAUGUCGGUCUUGUGCUUCAUCGCGCUGCUGGGGCUCUUCGUGGCCAGUGUCACAAAGUCCAGCAGCGCCCGGUCCCGCAGGUUUUACCUGGCAGUCAUCGUGGUGUGUGCCAUCCUGGCCUUCCUCAUGCUCAUCGCCUCCAUCGUCUACAUCAUGGGUGUCAACCCCCGGGCGCAAAUGACAGGCAGCUACUACUACAGCCCCAUGCUGACCAUGUGCAACCAGAUGUACUCCUCUGGCGGGGCCUACAUGAACCAGUACCUCUACCACUACUGCACCGUGGACCCGCAGGAGGCCAUCGCCAUUGUCUGUGGGUUCUUCAUUGUCAUUCUUCUCUGUGUGAUUUGCUUCUUUGCUCACAAGACGCGCCACAAGAUCUGGAAGUUUGGGAAGCCCAAUAUCUACUGGGACAAGCCACUCGCCUUCCAGGAAGGCCCCAACGUGGAAGAGUGGGUGAAAAACGUUGCGGAGAGCACCAGCAUGCACGAUGAGACGGCCACGCUGGCCUACUCCGAGAAGCCAAUCGGCCCCGUCAAUGCCCCAGCCAGCGCCUACGGCUACCCGCACAAGAACGGCUACUAUUCCCCCGAGACCUACAACCCCAGCAGCUCUCCUGCCCGUGUGGUCAGCGAGCAGCCCGCCAGGACCUUCAGCACCAGCACGCUGGAGGAGAGGGGGAGGGAGAGCUCCAGCAAGCCCGCUGCCCGGCGUGGGAGGAGAAGGAGGCGCAAUCCCGAGCUGGACGAGUCCCAGUACGAGACAGACUACACCACAGCCAUGGAGUCCAGCGACGAGCGGGACAAGGACGAGUGGGGCAGCGUGUACCCCCCAAUCACCUCGGACAGCAUUCGCCAGGAAUACAAGCAGGAGUUCGACGCCGACCUCAAGCACUACAAGCAGCUGUGUGCCGAGAUGGACGACAUCAACGACCAGCUGAACCAGCUCAGCAAGCAGCUGGACGGCUUGUCGGAAGACAGCCCCCAGUACCAGGGAGUCGCUGAGGAAUACAACCGGCUGAAAGAUUUAAAACGGACUCCUGAUUAUCAGACAAAGAAAAUGGAGAGCAAAGCUCUGCGGAACAAGCUGUUCCACAUCAAACACAUGGUGAGCGACUACGAUAAGAUGAGAGGGUAGCGUGGAAAGAGGAAUCCUUUGGCAGGGGAAGAAAUUCUGCGUGUGGUCAGCCGCCUUGCCUCCACGAAGCGCUGCAGGAAUGCCAAACACCUGGACUAGACGCAGAUUUCUUUAUGUUUUGUACAUUCGUUUCAAAAGCAGAAUCUCUCUAUCUUUGUGCCAUUUCCAAACCGAAACCCAACGGGCCUCGGAGAGGGGGCAAGAGGGUGAUUUUUAGAACAGAAAUGAAACUCCAAGGAAGUUUGCGCUCUGGUUGAUUCUGGUGGGCCCGUAUCCUGCAAUGACCUAAGCAGAAAUCCUAGUCCCGUUGAAAUGAGUGACUUCAGUGGGGCUAGGAGAUCAUCCUUGGUGCUUAAGUUUAUGCAUGCGAGUCAUUAAUUCAAUAGAACUGAGCAUUAAGCAUGCGCCUGCGGGUGCUGCAGCAUCGGCCCCUUGGUUUGUACGUGUGCAGAUGUAAAUUUGUAAAUACGUGGCUAUGUAUAUAAAUUAGCCUCCUGUUUUAUAUGAUCAAAGGGUGAGCCUCUCUGUAGCAUGCUCACAUGCUGGUCCCCAUCCUGCAAGCCCUUACUCACCCACGUAGUCCCAGUGAGUCCAGUCGGACACCCCUCAGGUGCGAGGACCCUCAGUGGGUGAAAUUCACCCCUGUGCUAAAGGGUUUGUACAAGGCGUAUGCACCACUGACACCCCCUGAGCACGGUAGGUGGAACGUGGCUCCAUUGACCUCUGUGGGGAUUGUGCCGUUGACUUCAGUGGAGCCUGGAUUUCACUCCAUUAUGGGGACUUUGUGCUGCACAAGCCUGAUGCUGGCUCCCUGUCCAGGAAAGGUUCGCAGGAUUGGAUCCGUGCUCUCUGGAAAGGCAAUGAACAAGGACUCCUGCUCCCUCUUAGAUUACGGUCAUCAUUCCCCUCCAUCCCCCGAUUCCCAAUGUGAUUCAAAGCCAGGAGCAUGGGAGAGCCGUGGCUGGAGCUCUGGAGCCCAGGUGUGUUUCGCACUCCACACCAGCCUGCAGGAAGGAGCCCACUGCAGCCAGCUGAGGCUGACGGCCUGUCUCCAACCACAGCAGCUGAGUGUAGACCCAGACCCAAGCUCCAGAGACUGUCCCAGCCCCUCACCUCCUGCCCCGUUCUGCAGAAGUCUCUCUCGUGGAGCUGACAACGGAGUGUGGCAGCAGAUGCAUUUCACCGGGAUGAAUAAUACGUAGGGAACUCCUGAGUCACCCAGCACAGCCGGCUCACACUCCUGACAACUUGACAAGCCAGCAAAAGCCAGGGUUUGGCCGCCCUCCCCAGCAAGAGCCCGUGCUAGGCAUUGUGUGAGAUUUCACGCUGGCACAGGCAUCACGGUGCCAGUCUUAGAAUAGCGCCCCCCUGCUGCCACGGUUUUAUAGAGCUGGGCGGCACGGUGCGAAUGUCUGAACACAUUUUUUUUAACACUGCCAGCACUUCCUAUGCCAGUGUGCUAGUCUGUAGGGAACUGGGUCUGAUGUCUGGGUUAUUUUUUUAAAUAAACCAUAUCUAUUGAUUUAAAAUGUCAGCAUCUUGCUGAAAAUGAAACGCUUCUCCCUUUCGUUCCUGAGUCGGCGUGUGGCUUGAAAAAGAAAUCCCCGUAUGUUUAAUUGGCUGCAGCCAGAGUCAGUGUUUUGUCACUGGGACGAAGCAACAUUUGGAGGUAGAAAUUGGGCAAGGGAAGAGGAUACAGCAAGUGCAUUUGAUACAGUCACUGCUGGCCGCCAGCCUGUCCACCCAUUGCUGUGGUAUCGGAGCAGCUUCUAACCAGUCACGCCUUUAUGCUCCUGACAGCCCAUGUGGGCGGUGAGAAUCAUCACCGCUGGUUUGCCAGGCGAGGACCCAAGGCCCAGAGCAAUGCAAGGGAUGAGGUCACGCAAGGAGUCUGGGGCAGAGCUGAAACAUGACCCUCAACCUCUCCCAGCUCAGACUCUGCCAGCAAUGGGCUGGCAGAGGUCCCACUCUCAGCCCCCUCAGGGUUACAUUCUUAUAGCUACUUUGUAUAGCUGCAGUCUUAGAACAUGCCUUGGGGGUGAGGGGGGGCGGACCUGUACAUUUGGCAGAGAGAUGCUGCUGGAGCCCUAAAGCGGCCGAUUACCUGCUGCCAGCUGCCUCUCGCUCCCUGCUGGUGAGUACUGCUAACGCCGGGUGCUCCCCCUUUCACGCCCUGUACAGGAGCGGACCCCUUCCUAGGGCCUUUUCAGUUCUGCAGCCAAGCAAGCCAGGCCAGGCGUGCCAAUGGCUUGGUCAUGAGGGGCACAGGUUGAGAGGGGGUUGGUCUGUGGGUGCCUGGACUCCCAUUUGGUGCAGUCUGGUGGAUUCAGUCCCCUGCCCACCCAGCCUUCUCCCUGUGGGCUGCUGUCCCAUGUGACCUGCAGACAAGGGUUGCAAGGUGCAGUUAGUGUGUGGUAGGGUCAGAUAGCAGCUGGGACUGGGGAGGAGCCAUUAGACCCAUGUGACCAGCCCUUGUGUUGCCCACGCUUGGGAUUUUUAUUGUGGGGUGUUUUUCUUAAAGCACCUGCACCUGGAGGCAUGGGAGUCACGCAAAUUUCAGCAUUUCGUUUCAAGAGAGAAGCCUCUAGCCCUGGUGGAUGCAGAGAAAUGGCUUGAAAAUUGUGACCCUUAAAGGCUCAAAAAAACAGAAAGGAAACUGAGGGGGGGGAACCGUCCCCCAAAACGUAUCGUUCUGUGAAAGCUCCUGAUUGUCUUUAGCUAAUCUCGUGAUUUCUGGGAACAGGGGGAGGUGACGUGUGGCACAUGCUGCUCGUCCUCGCAGGCUUGUAGAUGCUGUCAGAGCUUUAAGCGGGAUGAGGGUCUGCUGUGCUCUGCCCCACAGGCUCACUGAAUAUGGGGGGGGGGGUGCUGCUGUAUCUUGGGGGCUGUGCUGGUGCGCAGUGGCACUGCAAGCCAUGGGGCUGGACCUCAGUUGAAUUCCCUGGGGCUCUGUAUGGCCGUAAGGGUCAGCCCUGCAGUUCUCGGUGCAGAGCCCCUGGUUUGAAUCCCCUGCCCCAGCUGAGAAGCCCUUGGUUGCACUAGGUGCUCUGGUUGCCGUGACUCCAAGGGCCUUUCCUCUGUGUGGCUAUUAACACACACACAUACUCACUCUCCCACCGGCGGGGCGGUGUGUGCAGCACUUUGAGCUGCUUGCUAUGUGAACUAUUUUCUGUAAGUUACUUAAAACCCCAGGACCCUUCCUGCCCAGACGGUUUCUGAAAAGUAGCUUUAGUCCUAAUCCCGCUGAAGGAAUUGGGAGCCUGAACCCGGCCUGCAUUUUAAUCUUCAAUCUUUGACCAAUUUUACUGCAAAGGCCCCAGGUUCAUGUUAUGGUUUAGUCACGUGCACUGAAUUAAGCACAAGAAAGUGUGUGGGGGGGGUCUUGUCACCCUCCACCAGACACCUACGUAUAAUGGUUGCAUUAAAUGGACUUGUUUUUUCCAUGGCCCUUCACCUUGGGUGCACACUUACACAAGGACAAAGUAGGGAGGAUUUCACACCCAAUGAAAACCGUCGUGUUUUACACCUACAUCCCACUGGUGUCAGGGCCCGUGCAAGGUGCAGUGAUGAAUUAGGCCCAAAGCCCUUUACAGAUGGGGUGGGCAACACAGAGAUGCUAAUCUAGGGCACUGACUGAUGGAACUUGAUUGCUCAUCACAUUAAAAUCCAGCCACAGCACAGAGGCUCAGAGAAUUGGCCAGGGGAGUAAGGUUUUCGGGGCCAUAUAAUACGGACUGCUACUGUAACACCAUCCCUGGCUACAGCAGCCCAGGUCCGCGCCAUGGCUAGGUAUGGAAAAGUUAGAUUUGCAGUGGUUAAAUGUCGGGAAACAGCCAUUUACACCCCCCACACACACACACACACAACCCGACAAAGCAAUAUUGCCGCUGAGCAUCGCAAGUCACAGGUAAGUGGAACAAACCACGUGCUGCUUGAGAGCAUGAGCGGCAACCGUAAGAUUUAGUGUUAUGUUGCUACGUGAUGUUGCCCACUUGUGAUUUACGUUCAAGAGCUUGCAUGAGCCGCCAUCUGGCCUGCCAGCGGCAGAGAUCCGCAGCCAGGCCAGCGGCUGCUCAGAGCUGGCUCCGCGCUCAGGACCAGGCGGCUUUGGGUGGGCAAGGGCUCAGAACUGCCGAGUGACAGCGGCAUUUUGGGUGCUUGGCAAAAGCCAGCUGGGGGCAGGUUUAGGGGGCAGCUGAACAGCCGCUUGGGACAGGACAGUGGCAUCUACCUAGCAGACUUGGGCAGCCCAUGUGGCAGAGAAGUGCCCAGGCGCUCAGGCAGCAGCAGACAUUGUCUCUACUCGGUCUAGCCCCUAGCAGGGGACAAGGCGUCAUGGCAUGAUACAGGUCACGCUUUUGUGUCCAGUAAAGUCUAGUCCAGAAGAAGGCACCACCCAGAAGCAUAAAACACACUUUUAUUAUUGUGAUUCUUUGGCUGAGCCCUUUUCUAAGGAGGCCUUUGCAGGCGUGUUUUCCCUGGGGACAAUCAGUCCAACAGCGGCACUAACACGCUGCUUUGGUGAUGAGGGGAGGGGGAUUCAUUUCCUGGCCCCUUAGGGACCCGGAAUGGGGUGUCGAUUCUGAGCAGGAUUCAGCAGCGUGUCUUUUCUGAACAGAAAAAUCGCUGCGUGGCACCAAACGUUACUUGAAAAUUCCAAGUAUCAUCGCUCUGAGCUGGGUUUGCCACACAUGAUAAUAUCCCACAAUGCCCCUGGGUGCCCCAAAAGCCCCUGCUCUCAGGGGUUAAGUGCAAUCAGGUUUAGUGUUAAGGCUCUUUGCAUAGAACAGCAGAAUUCAGGGCCUCGUUCUUUCCAAGUGCAACUAGAGAUUUUGGAUGCCACCGUUUCUGGAUGCCCUCAAAGGGGGCUACAUUUUCAGAGCUCACCCAGCACCUGCUUUCUGAAAAUCAUGCCCCUUUGAGGUGUCCCCAGAAUCCCUAGUCACGCUUGGAAAAUGCAGGUUCAGGGUCCUAUUCGCCUCCCCCAUAGAAGAGCAUUUUGGUGCAGCAACGUGAACGUAAUACUAAUAUUUGGUAUCUCCCAGGCACCUUGCAACCUUGACUUAACUCCAGGCAAAGUGAAUCCACAAGGUGGCUGCAAAGCAGCUGUUUCUCCGGCCUUUAAAAACCAGUGGGUGCCAGGGUGUUUAAUGGAGAGCCUUUGUCACUCUCCUCCUCCCUCACAGACGGAAAUGAGAUCGCUCCUUGGAAGGAGGUUUUAGGGGAGUUGGAUCAAAAAUUUGUGUGGCUGCUGUGCUGAAAAGUCUCCUGCAAUAUAUACCGAAGUGGGGAAGGCAGGUAUUCGAAUCCAGGCAGCUCAUUCUCACCCCAGCACGUAUGGUUGAAGACCAGCGCCUUCCCCACUCUUCUUCAAACAGAGCACCCCUUCGUAAGAAACAUCUGCAUUGAUUUCAGUUAAGGGGUUUGGAAUCAGGGCUUGAUCUAAAUGACAAGUCUUCCACUCAUCUAGCUUUCUUUUGUUUACAGAGAGAUGGGAUGUCUGUGCUGAGUCUGUUUAUACCAAGGAUACUCAGGCUUGCAUCACUGGGGAGCAGUGUGGCUAGUGGGGCAGAGGCCACUCAAGUCCAGGAACAAGGUCUGCCCCAGAUCUGCCUCCCUCUGCACUGACCCCCCAUGCUAGGUUCUUUUCUGCAACAGCAAUUCCCACGAGGUACCAGCGAUUGCAACAAGAACGGGAUUUUUUUUUUUU